CUUGGUAACAUUUACAUGUAUUUUUAUUUUCAUUUCUAGAGUUGUUUUGAAACACGUUGUAAAUAAAUUCCAGUUAGUGUUCGAAUAUCCGGUAGAGGGCAGCGGAGUAAAAUUUUAAAAUGCCUGUGAGUGGUGAAUAACCGAAGAGGUGGACGUUGACAUUUUUAAACGUGAGCAUUGCGAUUAUUGUGACAUAAACAUUUUAUAUUGACAUAAAUGAUUUAUGAAACACUGAUAAUUGAAAUAAAAUUUAACGUAUAGCAAAGAAUUAUGUACUUACUUGGAAACGAUUUGUAUAUCUAUAGAUUGUAACAACUGUGUUUACAAGUAUUAACACGGAUUAAUACCAUGAAGAAAUAACAUUCUUGUUUAAGAAAUAACAUUCAGUCAGCAUAAAGAAAUCGUCACCUGGAAACGAAAACUGUAACGUCGUAAAUAGAAAGAACGUGAAUAUGUGUGAUCUUAUAGAUUUAGAUAGUCCUGACAAAGAUUCGUUAAGUUCGAGGCUCGCAUCGCCUUUAAUACCAAUACCUACAGAUGUUACGUCUAACAACAAUAAUACUCGAAUCAAUACGAACGAGCCAAGUUCUCUAAUAAUAGGAAAACGUGAUAGUUUAGAAAAUAAUCCUUUUGAUAUGGUGUUGCAUAAAACUACGGAAUACAUUCAAAAAAAGGACGACCCUUUUGAAAUAACACUGGAGAAAGCAUUGACAGUGAAGUGCAAAAAAAAUGCUUCCUCGAGAUCAGGUUCCCUUGAUUUAUCAAAUAAUCAGGUUCUUAAGGGAAAAGAGACUAGGCAGAAACUGAAAAUAAACAAAACGUUGGAUGAGAUUUUAAUUAAUGACGAAUUAAAUUUAAGAAAUACAACCAACAAUGAAAAGUCUACUAAAAAUGCAAUUGAUAAUUCAAAUAAUACUAAUACAUCGAACAACCUACCCAUCAUCGAUGUUCAAGAUCUUGAUUUAUCAAUAUUAAAUCAAUCUGUGAUGAACGAUACAUUAUUCGAGGACAGCAAUAAACAAAAUAAAAAUGAAAUACAAUCUACUUUGCACAAUAAAAUGUUAGUUCCUAAUGUGACCUUACAAGUUCCAAAAGUUAAACGUUCUUUUUCACAAGGUGAAGUACAGCCUGAUAUGAGAAAAUUGGAGCAUCUAUAUCAAAGAUCAUUGGCUAAAUCUUUGAGAACUGUUUCUAACAGUGGAAUUAGUAUAUCUUCUUUAAGUUCACCUGAUAUGCUGAACGAAGGGUUUUUUAAAAGCGAUAUUGGAAGUUCUGUAUUCUCAAGUUUGUCAAAUAUUUCUUCUAUAUCAAAAGUGAGUCCUGUUUCUUCAAUAAUUAGUCCAUCAUUAAUGCUAUCAAAUGGAACUAUGAAUCGGACAUUCUUAGAAAGCUGUUCCUUUGAGAAAUCAGAGAAUACAAAAUUAACCGAAUCUAAAGAUCGCAAUAAAGAAACAGAUUCUGUAGCAACAAAAAAUUUGGAAAUAUUAAAAAAGACUUCACUGUCUGAUUUAACAGAUCGAUUUAAUAAACUUAAAGCAAGAGUAUCAGGGGUACACAUUUCUGAAAGUUGUACAAAUAAUAAAGAUGAACUUACAUGUAGCUCUUCCAGUGAUAUAAAACAAUCUAUAACUGUAACAGAGAAAAAUGAAACAUGUAAUGUUAAUAAUAAGUUAAUUGAUGUAGAUGUAUUUAUGCCAGGCAAUAAUUCUAGCAAAGAACAUUGCAAAAGUUCUUUUUCAGACACGUCAUCAGAUUCUGUAUUUCUUGAAGGAAAUAAGAUUAAUAAAUCAAUACUACAGGAAGCAAAAUUUCUUGCAAGAACUUUUGAAGAAAUGGCUAUAAAAACCAGUUCUGACUCAAGCAUUGAGGAUCUCAUUACAAAUAAUCUUUCAUGGACAUCAGAGUUAUUACCAGCAUUUGAUGAUGAAACUUCUGUAAAUUUAAUUGAAUUACCAGUAUCUCCUGAGAAAAAUGAUUCAAAGUUGAAAAAUAUAAAAAUUACAAAAAAUGAAAAUAAUGAUUCAUAUGAAAAUAAAAUAGAUGAAUGUAGUAAUAAAAUAAAAGAAAAUGUGAAAGAUUUAGAAAUGGAACUCGUCGAACCAAUAUCAGUAGAAAAACGUCCUACAGCUAUAACACUUCUGUUAGAUCUUAAAAAAUUAAUUGAAACAGAAAAGAAUGUAGAAGCAAAUAAACUAUUGAAAAAUUUGGAAAAAGUUUUAGGUAUUAAUUGUGAAAGCAAUACCGAAUUAUUAACUACUUAUUUUAAUGCAACUAAUAAUUUAUCAAAGAGUCCACAAAAAUCAAAUAAUAGUUUAGAAGUGAUCAAAAACGUGAUAGAAGAUAAUACAGAAUAUAGUAAAGAAAAUAAUUUGACUAAUGAUUCAACGGAAAGUAUCAAGGAAUCAGUAUUCUUCGAAAGCAUAAAUUUAAAUGAUGUAAAUACGAAUAAAUGUAUUGAUAAUCAAAAGUAUUUAAAUAGCGUAAAUAAUAAAUUAAAAUGUGAAACUUCAGGAGACCAAAUGAAUAUUAGAAACAUAAACAAAGAAAAAAAUGAAAAUGAAUUUAAUGAUCAAAAGACAUCUGAAGAAAAGGUGGUAAUUGAUUUACUUGCAAAUAUAGGAAAAUUAUUACAGACUAAAGAACAUCCAACUUUGGAUAUACUUAAAAAUUUAGGAGCAGUAUUGAAUGUUGCUUAUAAUUGUAAUGUUGAUGAAAACAUAGAAACAAAAUGUGAAGAUGUAAAAAUUCAACGAACUUCAAAAAAAUCAAAAUUGAAAUCUGAAAAGGAAAUAAAGUCAUCAUUUUUAUCAAAAUCAGCUAAUAGAUUAAGUUUAAAUUUAGACUCAAAGAAACAAGCAAUUGGUAAAAAUUUUAUUAGGAGAAGCAUAUCUGUAUCUCAAGCACCGUCAACUAAAUCAAGUUCAUCUAUCAACAAAGAUAUACCUCAAUUGGAAAAACGAUAUUCUAGUGAUCCUAAUUUUAUUAAUCCAUCAUUAAAUAAAAAAGUGAUAAAUAACAAUAAAAAUCAAUUACGAAAAGAUACAGAAACUAAAACGACUACAACUUUAGAUUCGCAGAAAGAAAAAAUUUCAAUGAUAAGUACAGUUAAAACUAAAUUGAAAAAAAAAAUUGACACUAAUAUCACAAAUAAAAAAGGGCCAAUGAAAGCUAUUAUUCCUAUAAGAAAUAUGCAGAAAAGAGAUGCUGUUAACAAAAAAAUAACUUCGUCUGUUGGAGGUAUAAUAUCACCCGAGUCUCAUGAAAUAAUUAGCAGUACACCUAAUUCGAUAACCAAUGAAUUCCCAGUUAAAAAAUCAGGAUCCUCAAAACCAGUAGCUUCGUCAACUCCAGAUGCACCAAAUUCUAAAACGCGAAAAAUACAAUCGCAACUAAUUAACAGCCCGAAGAAACGAAACUUUUUUUGCGAUAUUUCGCCAGUAACUACACGCGUAAAUGUUGAUAAUAACAAUACAGUUGACGAUAGUCCACGAAGGAGUAAUAAAUUACCAUCGCCAAAGAAAACAACACCCAAACAUCGACGUACAGAAUCUGGUAUUCCAAAAGCGCAAACACCUCCUAUAAGCAAGCGAUUACAUUCCUCAUUUGAAGUUAAUCACUGUGAGCGUGUACACGAAUCCCCACGACGUUCAGUAUAUAAAAAAUCAAAUUCGCAAAGAUAUUCGCCAGUUUCCUUAAAGAAAAAUGAAAAUAUCCAACGAAGUCCAUUAAGGGAUAAUAACAAACUUACCCAUAAAGUAAAACCGAUUAAUCUGAUUUCAAAACUUCAGCGGCAUAACAGUAAUACAAAUGCGAUGGAUAAAGAAAACAGUUGUGUUUAAUUUAUAAAAUUCUUUUAUAAUUAAUAACAGUUAAGCAUGCGUAGAAUUUGCUACAGCGUGUGUAUAUUUUUUUUACGUUUACAUUUUUUCACAUCUGUGUUUUACAAUAAAAUAUUUGCAACAUG